AUGAUGUUUCCUGGGCUCCUCGCGCCCCCCGCGGGGUACCCGAGCCUCCUGCGGCCCACGCCCACCUUGACGCUGCCCCGGUCCCUCCAGUCGGCGUUUUCCGGCCACUCGAGCUUCCUAGUGGAGGAUCUGAUCCGCAUCAGCCGGCCCCCCGCCUACCUGCCCCGCAGCGGGCCGGCCGCCAGCCUGUCGCCCCCCAGGCAGGGGCCCCCCGCGGCCGCCGCCGACACCGGGGCCUCCGACCCGGGCUCCCCAGGCACCCCGGGCACCCCGGGCACGGGCAGCCGGCGCGGCAGCUCUCCUCAGACCGCCCUCUCCCGGGCCAGCGAGCCCACGUUUUUGAAGUUUGGGGUGAACGCCAUCCUCUCCUCGGCGCCCAGAACAGAAACCGCCCCCGCCCUGCUCCCGAGCCUGCCUCCCAAGACGUUCGCCUUUCCCUACUUCGAAGGCUCCUUCCAGCCCUUCAUCAGAUCCUCGUAUUUCCCAGCGUCCUCCGGCGUUGUGCCCAUCCCGGGCACGUUCUCGUGGCCGCUGGCCGCCCGUGGGAAGCCACGCCGCGGGAUGCUGCGCCGGGCCGUGUUCUCCGACGUGCAGCGCAAGGCGCUGGAGAAGAUGUUCCAGAAGCAGAAGUACAUCAGCAAGCCGGACCGCAAGAAGCUGGCAGCCAAGCUGGGCCUGAAGGACUCGCAGGUGAAAAUCUGGUUCCAGAACCGGCGCAUGAAGUGGCGAAACUCCAAGGAGCGCGAGCUCCUGUCCAGCGGGGGCUGCCGCGAGCAGACGCUGCCCACCAAACUCAAUCCGCACCCGGACCUCAGCGACGUGGGCCAGAAGGGCCGCGCGGGCGACGAGGAAGAGGACCAGUGCCCCGGCAGCCCCCGGCCGCUCCCGCUCCCAGCCUUCGGGGCGACCCCCGAGCCCCGGCACCCGCGGGAUCCCCGGCUCCCAGGGCCGCUGCCCGCCUCGCCCGCACGCUCGGGCAGCCCCGGAAAACCUUCGGACUUCUCCGACUCGGAGGACGAGGGCGAGGAGGAGGAUGGCGCGGAGGAGGAGGAUGAGGAGGAGGAGGAGGAAAUCACCGUGUCCUAGACCCCUGCAGGCCUCCGUGCGGUCCGCAAGGGCCCGGCCCUCCGUGUCCGGUCCGGAGACCUUUCAUCACCCCACCCCGCUUCCCAGCAGCCCUCUCCACGGCUUCC